GGUGUUUUCUUGUAAACAAGACAAGAAUGGGUUGUAUGACUUGCAAAGCGUCUCCUUUGGGUACAGGAGGAGCAGUUCAUCCAACAGGACGAGUUGAUCCAAUGGAAGCAUGGCUGUGUGAUGUUGUUGAUGAUUAUGAUAGCUAUCAACUCAACAAUGCCAUAAUGGCAUCAAGGAAUUAUAACAGUAGAGCAUCAGUACAGACUUUUGAACCACCUCCUCCAUAUUCCGAGAGAGCAGGAGCCUUAGAGAGAGUAGUAGAAGAUCAGGACUCUGACCCUCUGGAGCAGGAACAACGGCUUCAUCAGACCUUUGACACUUCUGACUUUCUCAAUCAAAGCCAUAGUAGCAGUCUAUCUCUUCCUAUGGAUUUACACGAAAGAAUUGCAACUUUAGAAAUAAUCUUGCAAAGAGAAAGAGCAUCAGCAAGAGCUGCAGGAGCUAUAGAACCAGCAGCUACAACAGUAAGAGUAGUUCCUCAUCGGUUGGAUGUACCUCCCUCUGUUCAACAACCACCAGUUCGAUCUCUUCCUCCUCUUCCUCCUUGCCCUCCUCCUCCUCUUGUCCCUAGGUCCCUCAGUCAGGACUCAUUUGAUGUUGAUUUGCCUCCAAUUUCUCUACACCGAAGUUUCUCACAAAGUCAGCAUCAUCACAUACAAAGAAGGCGUAGGAGAAAGAGUCAAAAUCGACGCCGUUCACAAACAGCCUCUCAAUCACUUCGAAAUGAUUCCGAUAGACAAAUUACUAUUAGACGUCAUUCUACCAGUGAGUUGAUGAAUAGGAGAGAAGAGGAAGAAAGAGGAGUGAGAGUUGAAGGAGGUGAGAGAGAAGGCACAGCUGAGGAAGAAGAAAGGAAAGAGACAGUCGAAGAGCAAGAAAAAGAAAAAGCAGCAGAAGAAGGAAAAAGGGAAGAGAAUAUUGAAGAUGAUCAUGAUGAUGAUCAAGUUGAUAAUGUUACUGAGAGUGAUGAAGGCAGAGCUACAAUUGAUCAAAGUACUAACAACCAAAAUGAAAAUGAAAGAGAGAGGACUAUCGAAAGCAGCAAGGAAGAAGAAGAAACUGAGCACACUGAAAGCAGUGAAGAACACAACAGAAAUUUUAGCUAUCAAUUUGAGUUGCAUAGAAAAAGUAGAUCAUUGAAUUGCAUAGUAAAAAGUGAAAGAGAGAAUGAAUGUAAGAGUAACUCAUAUUGCAUAAUGAGAACAACAGGUACCGUGUAAAUGUCUCUUAU